AUGAACUUUGUCGAAGUUAAAAUUGAUGAAGAAUCUGAAGUCAAGGAAGAUAAAAAAAAACUGGAGAACAAUUAUAAUGAAAAAAAACCUGAAGAUAAAAUGCCUUCAAAAUAUUUUGCAAUUAGCUCAGAAGAUGAUUGUGUAGUCAAAUUUAUAUUAAAGAAAGAUUUUGAAUUCAAAUUGCAAAUUUAUACUAUUGAAAAAUUGCAUAAUAAGAAAGGUGAUUUGGAGUUGAAGGAUAAUUUAAAAUCAGAGAACAAUAUAUAUCUAGAAGAUGACAAGAAAACAUUAUACAGGAAACUUUCCA